CCCCACACAACUCAAGUCUUUUAACCUUUCAAGCUAUCCACUUAUUACGAAGCUAUUUCGUUCAGCCUUGCCCUGGCAAACUUUCCGGAUAAUUGUCAGCCUCGCCCAUUCGACCCUUCUAAUUCCUCCAGGAACCGCUUCCUCGCGACGAAUUCCUACAAUUACCGUACCUCGUCGGCCCGCACCAGUUGCUUCUAAAGACGUAGUAACUAGGGGCUUUAUACGCUAUACAGAACUACUCACGUACGCCGCAGCGCCUCGACCCCGUCCGCCCGUCCCUCCAAAAAACCGCCACAAGCUUCGGGAACCGUCGUUUUAGGUAUCGCAUGUCCGAGCGGCCCCAACGUUUGUAUUAAACUUAGUUUGGUUUUUUAUUUCAACUAUUUAAUUGUUACCUUACCUGGCCCUCUUUUCUCUUUCGGAACUCCUGCUUGCUGGUUACCUUAAAAGGGAAAUUAUCUACAAAAGGCCCACCUGGUAGAUAGACAGACAGACGGACAGACAGACGGAUAGACAGACGUUUACACAUACGUUAUACGCAAACCAUGUCGCAGACGCCCGUAAAGGUUCCCGCCUCGGCGGCCGCAUACACGCCCGCUACGCAGGACCAAGACCUGCGGUCGCAAAUCAACGCGCUUCUCAUACGGGAAGGCCACAUAAACAAAAUCCAAGAGCACUUCCUGCACUCCCUCAACGCGCACCCCUCCAACUGGCCCUCGGCCGUACAGUCGCACGCGCUGGCCCUCCUGCGCAGCGGCGACGUGACGACGUUCCCCGCGCUAGUCCGGCGUGUUCUCGAGGACGUGCGGCACGACACCGUCGCGGCUAGCGACGGCACCAAUAACAACAACAACAACACUUCCACCACCACUACUACCACCAACGGGAGCAAGACCAACGGCGCAAGCACCAAUACCAAUACCGCUACCGCUACCACCACCGACGGCAGUCUAGCCGUGCCCCAAGCCGUCGUCGACGCCGUCCUCAAAGUUGCGCGCGAGUGCCUCGAUACCGUAUGCGAAGUCGACGACGGUUCGACGGCCGGCUAGGAGGCGUGGCUGCGGUCGAGGACGAGUGAAGUAGCGAUGGCGAUGGAGGCCGCCCCGAGAGGAGAAAAAAGAAAGAAAGAAAGAAAGAACACCAAACAAGCAAACAAGUAAAGAAAGAGAGGAAUGAAUAACGACGCCCCGAUCGACACCUUGAUUGAUGCCUGAUACCUCGUUGGGUAGUCAAGCGGCCUCGUAUCGUAUCGUAUCGUUGUACUACCCGCCUAGUACGAAGGAGCUGUAAUUUACACAUACAAACAUACAUACAUACAUGCACGCUCCUCCAUCCGAGACCGUGUCCAUAUGCAUGUCCGAAUAGAAAGACCCCAGAGGCAGGAGUAGGAGUAGGAGUAGGGGGACAGGGGAGGGUGUGGUGUUUUUCUUCUUGCUACACGACUUACUACUACUUUUGCAAAUUUAUUUAUCAGAACAAGGCAUGGAGGGGCCGGAAAGGGAGCAUUGGCGUUAACAACUCGGGUUUGAUUUAUACUUAAGUGUACGAAGGAGGCGAGCAAGGGGAAUAUCUGGGGCACUUUUGAUGCCCUGGUCCGCAGCAAUGGUAGUUACUACUCAACCAUUUUCAACUAAAUCUCUUCGUGUA